AUGAAGUUCAAUCAUUUUGGGGCCCUUCCGUGGGUUGCCCUCAUUGCCUCCUCCUUGCCAUGGGCUACACUCGUUAACGGUCAAGCGGAUUAUGUGGAACUCGGUGUUCCCUUCCUGCGCACGACCGAUCCAGUCACUCCCCUUCCUCAAGGAUUUCCGUGGGGUCCUAAAACCUCAAAUAAUACCAAUCCCUACCCGCCAUUUACUGGCGUCAUACGGCGAUAUUUUUUUACCAUCACCAAGGAGAAGCGAGCUCCGGAUGGGUAUCUCAAAGAAAUGUUGUUGGUUAAUGGUCAAUUUCCCGCGCCAUUAAUUGAGGCAAACUGGGGCGACACUAUUCAAGUAACAGUUCACAACAAACUCACUUCACCCCCAGAAGGGACAGCUUUGCAUUGGCACGGAUUUUUGCAAAAGAAAUCCCAGUGGAUGGAUGGUGUCCCAGGUGUCUCACAAUGCCCAAUUGCUCCUGGUGCAACUUUCACAUACACCUUCACAGCCGACCUUUAUGGUACCACCUGGUACCAUUCGCAUUACUCAGCGCAAUAUGCUGGCGGACUGGUUGGCCCGAUUGUUGUUCACGGCCCAAAGACAGUCGAUUAUCAGAUUGAUAAAGGGCCGCUCUUGUUGACCGAUCACUACCACAAGCCCUAUUUGAAUAUUGUCAAGGAUGUUGUAUCCACGAAUAUUUCCACAGUUGCACCUCUCUCCGAUAAUAAUCUAAUUAACGGCAGGAACGACUUCGACUGUUCUAAGGUUGCAGCAGGAGAUACAACGCCGUGCAGAAAUAAUGCCGGUAUCCCCAACUUCCAGUUUACACCCCGUAAAACUCAUCUACUGCGUCUGAUCAACGCUGGAUCAGAAGGCGUUCAAAAGUUCUCCAUCGAUGGCCAUAAUAUGACAGUGGUAGCCAAUGAUUUUGUUCCCGUUAUCCCUUACGAUACCCAAGUUGUGACAUUGGGGAUUGGCCAGCGCACUGAUGUUAUCGUUACUGGUCUCCCGAAUCCUGGCCAGAACUCCUAUAUGAUACGUUCCUCUAUUCCGGCCGCACCUUGCUCAGGAAGUGCCAAACCUGAUGCUUUUGCCAUCUUGUACUACAGCCCAGCCGCGCUUCGCAAGGGCAGACCUACUACAUCCCCGUGGCCAGCAUUCACCGACUCGCUCGCAAACAGGUGUUUCAAUGACGAGCUCACCGUAACGAAGCCAUGGUUCCCAAUCAAACCUGAUCCAUCUCCACCAACAACAGAGACUAUCGCCAUAACAUUUGGCAAAAACGCCACUGGCUUCUGGUCAUGGUUCAUGAAUGGCAGCUCCUUCCGCGUCAACUACAACUCACCUGUCCUCCUCCUCGCCAACUCUGGUAACACCACGUUCCCUGAGCAUCCAGAAUGGAACAUCCAUAACUUCGGCUCUAACUCAUCCUUCCGCAUCAUUCUCCAGAACAAUGGCCCUCCUAUCCCCCAUCCCAUCCAUUUACACGGACACAACUAUUUCAUCCUGGCUGAAGGCAAAGGAACUUGGGAUGGACAAACGAUUGUUCGCCCGGAAAACCCUCAGAGAAGAGAUGUACACCUUCUGCAAGCGAAUGGAUAUAUGGUGUUGCAGAUCACGGCCGAUAAUCCAGGCACUUGGCCUUUACAUUGUCAUAUCGCAUGGCACGUCUCCGGUGGCUUGUACGUCACGGUCCUUGAGCGCCCAGCCGAUAUCGAUAACCUCCAAAUCCCAAGUAUUAUGGCACAGAGCUGCAGAGAUUGGGGCGCGUUCACCAACACUGCUAUUGUCGAUCAAAUCGAUUCUGGACUCAAAAUGAUGUAG